CACCAGGGGGCGGCGCAGUUCGUAUCGCGAACGUUGGAUCUCAAAGCUUGGGGUUCGGGCUUCGUAAAGGCCGGACGGGGGAGGGCCAAGGGUGCAUUGAUUGGUUAUUUUAAGCAGGGAACUUUGCCGGCGUGCUAAGCGAUCUCCCUCACAUUGGUCUUCUCGUGUCGCUGCACACCAGCUUUGGCCUUCCCGCUUCUGCGCAGCCCGACCCGGCCAAAGCCACCCGGCCUGCCCCCCCAGUGUGUUUUGUCGAUCGCGAGGAGAAGACGAAGCAUGUCCGACUACGGAUCUUUGCCGACCAAUGGCGUCGGCGGCGGAGCUAAAAAGGAUGCGUUUGCGGACGCCAUGGAACGAGCCAGACAGAUCGCAGCUAAAAUCAGCGGUGAGACUGCUCAUCUGGCAGGCAACAAUGGAGGAGCGGAGGGGUACCCGUUUUCCGCACAGAAACGAUCGCUCGAAGAAGCAGACGAACCUGACGCCAAGAAGGUAGCGUCACAGAUUGAAAGAGAUUCUUCUUUGUCCAUCGGAGCGCAACUGGCUGCCCUGUCUCAGCAAAGCAUCAGGUCCUCCACAAUGACAGAAGAGUGCAGAGUGCCUGACGCCAUGGUUGGUCUCAUCAUCGGCAGAGGGGGUGAACAGAUCAACAAAAUACAGCAGGACUCUGGCUGUAAGGUCCAGAUUGCACAUGACAGCGCUGGUACCACGGAACGAAAUGUUUCUUUGACAGGUUCAGCCGAAGCCAUACAGAGAGCCAAGGCACUCAUAGAUGACAUUGUGACAAGGGGCCCUGAAUCGUCCAACGGGCAGUCUGGUUCCAUGCAAGAGAUGAUCAUCCCUGCGGGCAAGGCUGGCCUCAUUAUAGGCAAAGGAGGCGAAACCAUCAAGCAGCUACAGGAACGAGCUGGAGUUAAAAUGAUCCUCAUUCAAGAUGGAUCCCAGCCACCAAACGUGGAUAAACCUCUGCGCAUCAUUGGAGACCCUUUCAAAGUGCAGCAAGCUAAGGAGAUGGUCAAUGAGCUUCUCCGGGAGCGGGAUCACGCCGGUUUUGGAGAAAGGAACGAAUAUGGCUCAAGAAUGGGCGGAGGCGGAGGUGGAGGCGGAGGGGGCAUUGAUAUAGCUGUUCCUCGCCAUGCAGUGGGUGUCGUAAUUGGACGAAGCGGGGAGAUGAUUAAAAAGAUCCAGAGUGAUGCUGGAGUUAAAAUACAGUUUAAACCAGAUGAUGGCACUGCUCCUGAAAAGAUUGCUCAUAUUUCGGGUCCUCCUGACCAGUGUCAACAUGCAGCCUCCAUCAUCACAGAUCUGCUUCAGAGUAUUCGUAACCGAGAUGAGGGAGGCCAGGGGGGCCCCGCUGGUUCAGGGAUGCCACCUGGAGGACGAGGACGGAGUAGAGGCCAGGGCAACUGGGGUCCAUCUGGUGAAGAGAUGACCUUCUCCAUUCCUGCUCACAAGUGUGGACUUGUCAUUGGCAGAGGAGGAGAAAACGUCAAAUCCAUUAACCAACAGACUGGUGCAUUUGUUGAGAUGCUACGUCAGCCACCACCAGAUGGUGAUCCAAGCUUCAAACUGUUCACCAUUAGUGGAACCCCUCAACAGAUAGACUAUGCAAAGCAGCUAAUAGAAGAGAAGAUUGAGGUGCAGUUGUGUCCUGUGGGUGGUGGUCCUGGUCCAGGAGGUCCCGGUGGUUCAAUGGACCCCUACAACCCCAACCCAUUCAAUGCAGGAACCCCUGGUGGAGCACCCCAUAGUGGUGCACCCGGUGGUCCCCAGUACCAUCCUCAGGGCUGGGGGAACAACUACCAGCAAUGGCAGGCCCCUGGGCCACAGGACCCUAAUAAGGCACCAGCAGAUCCAAAUGCCGCAUGGGCAGCCUAUUAUGCACAGUACUAUGGUCAGCAGCCAGGGGGUGCCAUGCCAGCCCAGACCCCGGGAGAUCCUGGACCACCAGGGGACCAGAACCAAGCAGCACAGACUGCUGGUGGUGGUCAGCCAGACUACACAAAGGCUUGGGAGGAAUACUACAAGAAGAUGGGCAUGGUUCAGCCUGCAGGAGGGGCAGCAGCUGCUCCAGGAACAGCGGCUGCUCCUGCAGCAGCUGGAGGAGCAGCACCUGGAGGCCAGCAGGAUUACAGCGCGGCCUGGGCAGAGUACUACAGACAGCAGGCUGCUUACUAUGGGCAGGGAGGGCAGGCACCCGGGCAACCAGCUGCUCCACAGCAAGGGCAGCAGGCCCAGUAAAGAUGUCAUGACCGUGUGGAUGGUUUUGUUGGCUCCUGGGACUUCUGCUUAUAGAGAUUUCCAUUUUGGCUUCAACAAUUUAAGACCCUUAUUUCACAAUUUCCCUUUUUUUUCUUUUUUCUAUUUUUUUUUUUUUAAAUCAAACCUUGCUAGUUGUCUGAGCUACUAUCCCCCACCCCACUCCCUCGAACAGAACAAGGGGGAAACUUUUUCUCAUUCAUUGCAACAAGGCACUAAAUAAUGUUGAUAGAAUCUGUCUGCUCCUUCAACUCACCCACACUGUGUAAUAAGUCUAAUUUACCUUUUCAAAACAUUGUAAAAUAUGUCUCUUUACUGCAGAGGCUUCACAAUUAUACAUUUCAAGUUUCACAUUCAGGUUAAUGGUAUCACUUUGCAGUAUAUUUUAUGUUAAAAUUCUGCUUUGAUGGCAACAUUUUUCUUACUUUUGGUACUUUUUAAACCUCAUUUAAAAUAAGUAUCAGUGCUGAAAUUGCAGUUGUAAUUGACCAUGCAUUUCUUAAUUUUUAUUUGAUUCACUGUAAAAAUCAAACAAAAAAAACAAAAGUUUUUCAGAAGGGGAUUGUGUGUGUGUCUGUACUCUGUAAGCAAUAAUGCUACUGAACAGGAGAAUGUGUGCAAGUUUGCUGUAAUAUGGCAUCUCAUAUGUUGGCUGGUUGUGUGUGCAUGUAUGUGUGGGUUUGUCUGCCCUCUGCUUAUUUCUACAACGUAAUUGAUGGACAAUAUUUUUUUUCUGUUCCGAUAGGCUCUGUCAUUGUAUUUUGUUGUUUUUUACAGCUUGUUUUUAAAUACUUAAAAUAAAACAUUCAGAUCUAA